AUGGCCGUGGCGCCGACCUCCACGCUGACGCGCCGCGUGUCGCGCUCCAACAAGCCGUACGCGCUACUGGCCCUGGCCUACGGCGUGGCCCUGGCCGCGUCGUGGCAGGCCGACACGCUGCAGCUGAUGAUGCCGGGCAGCCUGGCAGAGGGAUUCAAGGGCGGCUUCAACCCCCAAUUCAUCCCCUCCCUGGAGGGCGUGGCGGCGCUCUUUGGCCGCUCCUUUGCGGCCGCCUCCUUCCUGCUGCACGUGGCCUUCAUCAACCUCUUCGCGGCGCGCACCAUCUACAACCACGGCGUGGUGUCGCGGCUGCCCACCAGCCACUCUGUGCUGCUGGCGGCGGUGGCGGGGCCGCUGGGCCUGCUGAGCCACCUCCUUACAAAGGCCUGGUUUGCUGUGCUGUCCAAGAUCACUGGCCGCGACAUGCGCCCCCGCCCACGAGCCAUCAAGGCCGCGGGGGGCUCUGGCGUGAUCGUCAUCCUGCCCUACGAGGAGCAGUGA